AUGCCGCUUCGUGACACUGAUCAUCUUUCUGGCUGUGGUCACCAUGUGACUGCAGUCCCAGACCGGGAGAACGAUGCCUCGAGAAGCACCAAGGCCACUGACGCUUCAAGUUUUUCACCUACUCAUGCUUCCCAAGCUUGCGAUAUCUGGAAAAAGAUCCAGAUUAUCAAGGACUGCGGUUUUGUGAUUCUCGAUGGGUCCGACCUUGAUGUCGCUUCAGUGAUUGCAGUCGCCAAGUAUAACUGCAAUGCUUACGUGGCGAAGAGAGACGAUAUCGCAGAUGCUAUGAAUAAAAGUGUCGUGCUGCUCGAAGAGUAUCUCGCCAAAGGCUACUUUGUAUACGGCGUCAAUACAGGUUUUGGUGGAAGCGCUGAUACACGAACAAAGGACCUCCCCGCUCUGCAGUCAGCAUUACUGCAGCUCACCCAAGCGGGCAUCUUGAAUAAUGAAGACGAAAAUGGAAGUGCGCUUAGCAGUAUGCCCGUCACCUGGGUCCGAGCCGCCAUGCUGAUUCGCUGCAAUACACUACUUCGGGGCCACUCAGGUGUCCGCCUGCAGCUCGUCCAAGCCCUCCUUCUCCUUCUCCGAAAAGGCAUGACGCCUAUUGUUCCACUGCGAGGAUCCAUCUCUGCAUCUGGUGACUUGAUCCCUCUAUCAUAUAUCGCCGGCAUGCUUGAGGGCAACCCCGACAUUCGCGUCCGCACAACGACCUCGUUUGUUCUGUCCGCUGAUAAGGCCCUUGAGCUCGCUGGCCUAGAGCCAAUUGCCCUUGGACCCAAGGAAGGUCUUGGGCUUGUCAACGGCACAGCUCCUUCAGCUGCAUUAGGCUGUCUGGCUGUUCAUGAGACAAACAAGAUAUUGCUACUGGCCCAAGGGCUUGUAGCCAUGUCAUGUGAGGCGCUACUUGGCAAGGCUGAGAAUUACCAUCCUUUCAUCUCUUCUGUUUGUCCUCAUCCCGGGCAGGUAGAGUGUUCUGCAACUAUACUGCACUUUCUCGGCGGAUCUUCACUCGUUCAAAGCCUCAAGGAAGAGGAUAAGUUCAGACCUGGUCUUGCUCAGGAUAGGUAUGCCUUACGCGGGACUCCACAGUGGCUCGGUCCUCAAAUUGAGGAUGCCUGUUCUGUGCUAUCUCAGAUCACAGUGGAGCUCAACUCAACUUCCGAUAAUCCCAUCAUUGACGUACAUUCUGGCGAGGUUUACUCUGGCGCCAACUUCAUCUCUAGCUCAGUUGCCAACGGAAUGGAAAAGACCCGCCUAGCUCUUCAGAUGGUCGGCAAACUCCUCUUCAGCCUCUCUUCUGAAAUCAUCAACCCAACCAUGAACAGAGGUCUUCCUCCCAAUCUCGUCACCGACGAUCCCAGUUUAUCCUUUACCAUGAAGGGAAUUGACAUCAGCAUGGCAGCUUAUCUGUCAGAGCUUGGGUAUCUUGCCAACCCUGUUACACCCCAUGUCCAAUCCGCAGAGAUGCACAACCAGGCGAUCAAUUCCCUAGCGCUGAUCUCAGGAAGAUAUACUCUUCAAGCAGCUGAUGUUGUCAUGCAAAUGUGCGCCGCGCAUCUAUUCGCCGUUUGUCAGGCGUUGGACUUACGAGUGCUCCAUAUGACGUAUCUCAAAGCGCUCAGAAGCAAGUUGAUCUCUGUAAUACACCCAUUCCUGAAUGGGGUUGAAGAUCAGGUAGCAGAAGGGAUCUAUGAGAGUCUCCAUGAGACUAUCGUCAAAUCUUGGAAUGCCUCGGCGUGCUAUGAUCUCGAAGAUCGAUGCAAGAUUCUAUGCAAGGAAGCAAUACCGGUACUUCGUGAGCACCUUGAGGAGCACGAGAUGCAUCUUGUCUCAGCACCGCCACUCCGGAGAGGCUUGGAGAGUUUAGCUUAUUCCACAUUCACCCAGACAAGGAGCGAGUUUUUCCUCAACCCUCCUACCAAGCAAUUUCUGGGCAAUGCUUCUAUGAGACUAUACUCUUUUGUGAGAGAAGAACUAGGUGUGCCUUUUCAUCAAGGCCUGGUGGAGCAUCCUGGUAGAGGUCCUGGGGUCAAGAUCAAUGGACGAGAGAAACGAACUAUAGGGUCUUGGGUUUCGAUCAUCUAUAGCGCUCUGAAUAACGAUCAGGUCUGGGGUCCCUUGGUAGAGGCUCUGGGGCACAAGACGUGCUAA